AUGUCGGAAAAGGAAGAGCUUCCGUCGACAUCCAAGUCCACCGGAGCUCCGACACGACCAACUUUAUCUCUUCCGCCACGGCCGUUUAGUGAGAUGUUCUUUAACGGUGGCGUUGGAUUCAGCCCCGGUCCGAUGACUCUGGUCUCCAAUAUGUUCCCCGAUUCCGAUGAGUUCAGGUCUUUCUCUCAGCUCCUCGCCGGAGCCAUGGCUUCUCCGGCGUCUGCAGCUGCAUCUGCCGCCGCCGCAGCAGCGUCGGCUAGUGAAGGGAAUAAUAACAGCUCGAGUGGUGAUGUUGACCCGAGAUUCAAGCAGAAUAGACCCACCGGUUUGAUGAUUUCACAGUCACCGUCGAUGUUCACCGUACCUCCGGGGCUAAGCCCGGCGAUGCUGUUGGAUUCGCCAAGCUUCUUGGGUCUUUUCUCUCCCGUUCAGGGACAAUACGGAAUGACACAUCAGCAAGCUCUAGCACAGGUCACAGCACAAGCAGUCCAAGCCAAUGCCAUUAUGCAACCACAAACUGAGUACCCUCCUUCCUCUGUUCAACCUCAGAUCCCUACCUCAGCUGCUCCGGAUCUAUCUCAAAGUCAAAGAGAAACCUCAGAGAUAACCAUCAUUGAGCACAGGUCACAACAACAGCCACUAAACGUUGACAAACCAGCUGAUGAUGGUUACAACUGGCGAAAGUAUGGGCAAAAGCAAGUUAAAGGCAGCGAGUAUCCAAGAAGCUAUUACAAGUGCACGAAUCCGGGAUGUCCUGUCAAGAAGAAAGUUGAGAGAUCUCUUGAUGGACAAGUCACUGAAAUCAUCUACAAAGGUCAGCACAACCACGAACCUCCUCAGAACACUAAGCGUGGAAACAAAGACAGCGCCGCGAACCUAAACGGGAGUUCGAUUCAUAACAACAACCGCGGGAGCUCUGAAAUGGCGGCGGCAUCACAACAGUUUCAGAACAGUAGCUUCAACAAGACUAAGAGGGAACAGCAUGAAGCGGCAAGCCAAGCUACAACAACAGAGCAAAUGUCUGAGGCAAGUGACAGCGAAGAAGUCGGUAAUGGAGAAGCUGGUGUGAGAGAGAAAGUUGAAGACGAGCGUGAUCCCAAGAGAAGAAGUACAGAAGUUCGUGUUACGGAACCAGCUGCUGCUGCUGCUUCACAUAGAACUGUGACAGAGCCAAGAAUCAUUGUCCAAACGACAAGUGAAGUUGAUCUUUUAGAUGACGGAUAUAGGUGGCGCAAAUAUGGACAGAAAGUUGUCAAAGGGAAUCCUUAUCCGAGGAGUUACUACAAGUGCACAACACAGGGAUGUGGAGUGAGGAAACAUGUAGAGAGAGCAGCAACGGAUCCAAAAGCUGUGGUGACAACAUAUGAAGGCAAACAUAACCAUGACCUUCCAGCAGCUAAGUCAAGCAGCCAUGCAGCAGCUGCAGCGGCACAGUUAAGGCCAGAGAAUCGACAUGGCGGUUUGGCUAACUUAAACCAGCAGCAGCAGCAGCCUGUUGCGCGUCUAAGGCUGAAAGAAGAGCAAACAAUUUGA